GAAAGAAAGAAAGAAGAUAGUUCUCGACUCCUCGGUUGGUUGGCCUGAGUUUGCAAUCGCCUACAGGACCUAGGGUUCCGUCUCCGCCGCCUCUAGCUUCCCCUCCCUCCCUCUCCUUCCCUCCCUUGCCGGACCCCCGUUCAUCCUGCCGACGACCCACAUUUCCAUCUAGCUCGCUUCUGGCGCAGUCCGCACGCCGGCGACCCGGCCGCUUUCUCCGCGAUCUGCCUCGACCUCCGCGAUCUGCCUCGACCUCGAGCUCGACGACCUCCGCGAUCUUCCUCGACCUCGAGCGCGACGACCUCCGCGAUCUGCCUCGACCUCGAGCUCGACGACCUCCGCGAUCUGCCUCGACCUCGAGCUCGACGACCUCCGCGAUCUGCCUCGACCUCGAGCCCGACGACCUCCGCGAUCUGCCUCGACCUCAAGACCUCCACGAUCUGCCUCGACCGUCGCCUUCCAUUCCCAUCUGCACUGUCUGACCGCUGCUCCCUCCCCGCCCGCCAUGGAUUAUACAACGAGGACCAUUGCCUUCAAUGGACUGUUUCCCACUAUUGUCUGUCAGAAAGACAAUAACUCAUCCCCACUGUUAGCUUUAUGUAAUUCAUUAAUUCUAUUGGGCGAGUUCAACUUAAAUUUAGGGUAUGGUGUCUGUACUAUAUCAGAGAAGAAACUUAUUGACUGUGUCUGUGAUUAUUUUAUGACUAAGGCCACUCACAAGGGGACGAAAACUAGGAGAACUGCAAAUAAAACCCUCAAACGUUUGGCACAACCCAUUCAGUGUAAAAUGAUGCUCACAAGUGUUGAGCAUAUGGAGACCAGUGAAGAACUCCAGUUAUUUGAGAAAUUGGGUAUUAAAGUUUAUCAUGCUAAUGUUGUUGAUCCCAAGGAGGAAGAACUUGUUAGAGCCAUAGGGACAAAUACAUUUGACACCCUUUUGGCUGGUCUUGCUGCACAUAAAGCCAAGACAGAUGUGCAGAGUCGUUCUUCCGGUUCUUCAAAGGUGGAUGGGAGUGCAACAUCGCAUUUGGAGGCAGUCAAUUGGGAAUUGAUUGAUGACUUCCUUACUAAGAACCACACUCAGUUAACAGCAUAUGGUAUCCAGUCUAUAAAACAACAGAUGAUAGAUAAUAAUACAACCGUAUGUGCUCUGUUCUGGAAUAAUCAGUUUCACGUGGUGUCGCAGCUACAUGGAACUUUGCUUCUGUUACAAAAUAAUGCAGAUCAGGUUGACAAGCCUAUUGUAUGGAAGCAUUUCAAUGAUGUUUUGGACAGCUCAUGGACACAAGGGAAUGACUAUGUCGCAAAAUCUGUGGAUUUUAAAGGCUGCCGGAGGUUCAUUAUUUAUCCUAAUAUGACUGGCUCAUCCGCGCUGGUAGCACUAUGCAAUGCCAUACUUCUAAGAGGUGAUGUGGACCUGAGUAAAAUACUCGAUUGUAACUUGAGUCUAAAUCUUGGCCAUCUUCAUCAAGUUGUUUUUGGGGCCUCCAAGACUAAAUCCUAUACCAUGAGGCCAGAAGAAUGGGUUGUAGCAGUAGGAUGCCUUCAUCAACCUGUCGAUGUUAAAAUGAACUUUAAAAGCAUCCGUAACAUAAAAAUCACGAAAGACUUUGAGAUUUUUGAGAACUUUGGCUUUGAUUUAUACCAUGGUUUCAUCGCUGACCCGGAGGAUCUCAAUCUUUGCAAUGCAAUUGGAGAAAGGUAUUAUGAUUGUACAACUGAGAGCCCACCUUCUCAUUUGAAGGCAGAAGAUCAUAGAGAGUUACUUGAUAAGUUCCUAAAAGAUCAUGAUACCGAACUAACACCUCAUGGUUUGCAAAGUUUACAAGAGGAAUUGUCUGAAACAAAUAUCCAUGUUAUAUUCUGGAACAAACAGUUCCAUACUGCUAUCAAGUGCAAUAACCGCAUCUUUGUUUUGGAUCCAAGUUUGAGUUCAUUUGAUGCUGGCAAAAUAUGGAGAAGUUUAGACAGUGUGGAUGGUGCCGGAGAAACUUUGGCCAGUGUUUCCUACCCUAAGUCAGGCGAACAUAAAUGCAUCAGUCCAGAUUGUCUAUUGGCAUUUAACUCACCAUUUAAUCUUCGACGGCAUAAUUAUGUUCAUCAUACAAGUUCUGGCAGCAAAGAAUUGGACAUUUUGCAACACAGAACUGAAUUUAGUAAUUGUUGGGAUAGUCUCUCAUCUGAAGAGUCUGGGGAGAUAUUGUCUUUAAAGGAUAUGAAAUUUAAGAAUCUUGAGGGAAAACUCAUUGUGCGAAUAUUAGAACAGCGAUCUUCUGAAGGGGACAGUGUUGCUAUGACGUUGUUGGGCAUUAGGAGUCGUUUAAUGGAAGGAGAAAAGAUAACGUCAGCAGUUCUGUUUGCUGUUCUCGAUGAAGCCAGCGAGAAAACUUUGUUAAGCUCUGAUAUUCGUAAUUGUGAAGAGGGAAGAAUAUGGGACGGCAGUCUGAGUGGCAUCAUGACUGACAUGAACUCAUUGCUUGCGUGUUACAGCUACUUGCUUGAGAAAGCAUUGGUGAGCGAAUGGUUACAACACAAGGAUGCACUAGCAAAUAAAGUUGGGGAAGAUCUUAUUGCCGCGGAGAAAAGUAGGGGAAAGAAAAAGGCCAACGACCAAAACAAACAGGGAAAUCAUAGUUCUACCGGAAAUCAUAGUUCUACUUCUACUGGCCAACGUGAUGACCAAUCUUUAGAAGGCACUGGAGAGGAUACAAGCGAUAACGACAAACAGGGAGAGCUAGAUAUUUCUUCUCAUCCUACCGGAAAUCAUAGUUCUACUUCUACUGGCCAACGUGAUGACCAACCUUUAGAAGGCACUGCAGAGGAUCCAAGAGAUAACAGGGUUCAAAGUAGCCAAUCGUUAAAACAUCCUGAAGACGACACCAUUGGCAAUCUGUAUGAUUUGGUUCUUGAAUUCCUCAAGAGGUUUAGGAACAACGAACCCAAAAAAUUCUACAGAGGCAUAAUUGAAGCGAUUAAAUAUAUGAACAAUUUGCAUAUGCACAUUCUUUUUUCGCACAUUGAAGAAGAUUCUCCAGAACUUGCUGCAUAUAUUAUUGAUCAUUAUCAUGACAGUGACAGGGUUAAAGCUGAUAUAUCACGUGCUGCUGCUCAAUACCUCAUCGAACAUAAUAUCGGAAAAUCUGAGCAAGAGAUACGUGAGGGUAUAUCUGUGAUGAUUGUGGGUCUGCCCUCACCAACCAGUAACAUGUCUUUUAAGAAAUAUGCUAGGCUAAACAAGUUGAUAAGGCCUUUUAGACUUCCAAAGAAGUUUCGUCGACUUUUUUCACCUCGUUGGAAAGGAAGAUUGUACUUGAUGACAUAUGCUGGUAGAAAAGCUGCUCGUGGGUUAUUGAACUACAUCCUUGAGAUGCACAAGGAAAAACUCUGUUGGAGAGGUGAAUGGAAAUUGUCUGACAUGCGAAUCAAAGAUGGAUUGUUUCGUAUUGACAAACAAGCAUUGUAUGAUGCGGAUGUCGAUGGGAUGGCUGAAGAUUUUAAAAAGUACAUCGAACUCCUGAAUCCUUACUAUGUUGUAGUUGAACAAUCCUCCUCCAAUAGUCCACCAUAUUGGGAAAUUCUUCAAACUGACACCAUGGUGAUACCAGAUCCGUCUAAGGACCCAAAGGCAUUUCGCAGAUUUCUGAAGUACAUGUCUGCACACUUUGCAUUCAUGCCGCCAGUUAGCAUAUAUCAGUUUCUUUGCCUGCUAUAUAGCAUUUGUGAUGGACUAAAGGCAAACAGCGAUAAACAAUAUAAACCAUUGAACUUUGAGCCGGAGAACAAUUUUGAAGGUUGGACACUCAAGGUCUUUGAAGUAUUUCUGUUUAAGGAGGUCUUCAACUUUUCGAGGAAUGGUGCCAUUGUCAAUGUGUACAGUGAUUCAUACUGGCAUCUGCUACAGUUUAGUAGACAUUUCUCUUCGCAUAUUCUAAGACUGACAAAGAAACUUCAUGGUCAAGACGUCCAGGAUCUGAUCUUAAUACAUUUAAUGCUAGCCUGCCGUCUCGAUCAAUAUUUGGCAUUACUAGUUCGACACACUGUUAAUGAAACAAACAUGGAUGGACUAUUUUUUCGUGCAUGGCAAGCGCUCUUAGCUUCAGAUGAUAAAACUGAGGAGGAGGAUAUGUUAGAAAAUCUUGAAGAAUCUGAAUCUGAGGAUGAAGAAAGUGACAUUGCUGUUGAAGAUUCAAGCGACAAAAUUGAGGAUGAAGAUAUUGCAGUUCAAAUCUGAGGAUGAAGAGUGACAAGGAAUGCUAUUCCUGGAAAGAAACAAGAACUAUGAUACCACAUCCGUUGUCAGUCCAGCAGGAGUGGGAUGGUGUUGUCCAUCCUUGCGGUGUGGACUGCGGAGCACAUCUCUGCGGCACACGAUGGAGGAACUCCAGUUUCUAAAAUGAAAUUGUGGGUCGUUUGUCAUUAGAUGGUUGGAAGUCAGUUCUUUUUAGAAAUGUUGUGCUGUAAUUUAUUCUUCAUGUAUCUGUAGUAUUAAAGAGAAAGUGGUUCGUUGGUACA